CCCUUCCAAUGGCGGCGCCGGAGCUGCGCCUAGGCGGCUCGAUCCGCUUCUGGGUUCUCCUGCCCGUCGCCUGGAUCGCUCUCGCCGUCGGGAUUCUGCGCCUGCGCGUGGCCGGGCUGUGGCGCGGCGAGCGCGUGCUGGGCUGGCGCGAGCAGCGGCAGGACACGCAGAUUCUGGCCCGGAGCCGCCUCCUGAGAGAAAAUGGACGCUUCCUCACGCCUCAGGGUUUCCUCAUGCGCAAACACUACUUCAAUAAUCCUGAAAGUGGCUUCUUCCGCAAAACCAAGCGCAAGAUACAGCCCCGGAACCCACUGACAGAUCCCACCAUGGUCAUGGAGAUGAUGAAGGGCAAUAUCGUGAAUGUACUACCCAUGAUCCUUGUCGGAGGUUGGAUCAACUGGGCCUUCUCUGGCUUUGUGGCUACUAAGGUUCCCUUUCCCUUGACUCUCCGGUUCAAGCCUAUGCUACAACGUGGAAUUAACCUGCCUUCACUGGACCCCUCUUGGGUGAGCUCAGCCUCCUGGUAUUUCCUCAAUGUUUUUGGAUUGCGACGAGUGUACAAUAUUGUCUUGGGGGAAGACACAGCUGCAGAGCAAAAUCAACUCCUGUGGCAAGAUCAUUUUAUGGAACCAACCAUGCCUACUCCACCAGAUCCUAACAAAGCCUUCAAGGCUGAAUGGGAAGCCUUAGAGUUGGUUUCUCACCAGUGGGCUCUGCAGGACGUGGAACAGCAGCUGAUGUCGAAGGACCUGAAUCUGUCAGGGAAGUUUGGCUCUGACUGACCUCACCUGCGAUAGCCGCCAUGGGCCACCACAAACCAGGAAGGCAGCUGUGUGCAAAGAGGCACACACAUACCCCCUCAGGGUGGCAGAUGGCCAUCGCAUUGUGCAUGGUGUGUGGGAAAAUGUGGUGUGGCUUUGUCCUGUUGAGGAAACACAAGGUAGUAGAGAGCCAAAGACUCUGGUGUGGCAUUAGUCAGAGUGCCAGGCAGUAGAACUAUUUUAGCCGAUUCUCAGCAGUUAAAGGAGCUAGAAAAUCGACAAGAAAAGGUUGCAUUUCUUGUUUUGCUGGGAGUGGAAAGCCAAUAUAAGAGGCCUCUGAUUGUUGCAUCAUAAAGUUCCAUUUAGUUUGCAGAAUAGUUUUUGCUAUUAAAUGGAGGCAGCUGCAAUUA